CUUAAACAGAGCUCAGUGAACUGAUGAAAGUGUUGAAAUGAGUGAGUCAAACUCCGACCGAUUACCCCCAGCCGAGGAAAAUCCAGAGCAGGAUGCAUCCACAUCCCAAUGACCACAACAGCAACAGCAGCAGUACCACCACCACCAUCUCAUCAGCUACAACUCACCAACAACGCUCGAAAGGCUCUUAAUCGAACAACAGCACUCAUCCUAUCAACACCAACACCAACAACAACAACAACAACUACGACGACCGAUGAGAUCCUACUGAUUAGCCAUCAAGAAGCACAGUACUACUACUUCCACCUACCCAUCGACCAUGCUACCACCACCAACACUAAAAUGCCAAAGAAACUACCACCACCAAGACCAAUCAUCAGCCUACUCAACUCAAACCCAUCAACAACUGCACUCAGAGACCCCCUUCAACUCGAUCACAUCCUCAACCAUCCAUACAAGAAACCAAUCAGACACUCAACAACAACCGAACCCACAACCACCUCAUCAAAAUCAUCAAAGAGCCAUCCUGAACCACCACCACCACCACCACCACCCCAGCAACACCUUCAUCAGCAAAUUCCAUAUGUACCCAUCAACAUCAAGGCUCCAAUCCCUUCAUUCUAUGAAAACCUAAACGGCCAUUGGGUACUAUCUGAUAACUGGAACCUGUACGGCCUAUCAGGAUCAAACCAACGCCAUCGUCCUCGUUCACUCGACCAGGCACCCAACCAGGCCCAAUCCAACCUAUCCUCAUCCCCACUGAUCCAUCAUGCCUCUUCAGCUAAUGGCUCACCCUCCCUACAGUAUGACACCACCCCAGUCAACAACUCAUCCUCACCGACGAAUAGCAACCAAAAGCUAUAUCUACCCGCCGGAUGGAACCAUACCUCCAAGCGUGGACCACUCUAUGCAACCUCUGUGAUCGUCGUAGCUAGUCUUCUCAUCGCCGUCGCCGUACUCAGUACUGUAGUCUGUCUGGUCACUAGACGACGAGCCCGAGGACGGCGGCGUGCACAACUCAAAGAGGGACUGCUCUCAUCCAGUGAUCCCAACUCCAACCCAGAGAACCCUCCUAGUAGCAAACUACUCAGUCCAGCCGAGAUCGAAGAGGGACGAGGAACACGCCAGCGUCUCAAACAUCAUCUCAACCGGAAACUCAAGAAACUCACCCUCAUCAAAAUCCUUCACUCUCCCAGCGGUAAACAGCAGGCCCGGAUCAGUCGGAUCAGCGUCCUCACCGGCAGUCCAAACGAUCCUCCUCCCCCUUCUCUCAUCAUCGUAGGCGAGGCCAGAAGGUCAAUCAGCUUCAACUCAAAUAGCAGCUUCCAUUGCACCGGUGAACGCGAGGGUCUGUCUCGCAGACGAACUCGCUCCCAUCGCACCGAAUCUCAGAGCGACGAAACUCCGGCUAGUGAGAUCAACUCGUCUGUUCCUCAUCAAACCGUCAAUGGCCUCUUGAGCGUACCCGUUCAUCGGAAACCUUCCAACGUUUCUACAUUCACACCGGCUCAACCACCACCUGCGCCAGCGCUUCCUGAAUCUGACUCAUCGGUAGCAGGACCAUCUGAAACAAUCCGAACGAUGCAAAGCGAAUCCGAGCUAGCCAAUAGAUAUGAAGACCAUGUCCCUUCGCAGACAUAUUCCAGUGCGACUUCUGAGCCAGGACAUCCAACAACGAGCCGACGGCGACAUCCAGAUGGUGAGCUGGAGGAGCGGCCAGUUCUCACUAUUCAGACGGCCGACCCGAUAUGUGUGAGUGUUCCGGUUCGACAUCCAGAGGCGGGCCGGGCGAGUGUGAAUCCGAACUACCGCUCCUGUCGAGAGAUCAUCCGGGCACGCAGUUCGACAACCUCAUCCCAUCCAGGCCCAUUGUCCGCCAGCUCACCUACAUCACUCCCCGACCUCCACUUCUCGGUUCCUCCCUUGCCACUCGAGGUCUUCGAUCCUCGAACCCUUCCCGACCCUGUUGCCCGGACUCGCAGUCAAUCCAUCCAGCCCUCGACGGUCUCAAGAACGCCGCUCGCCCAAACGCUCGCCAACCAUCCCGCCGAUAGCAUCGUCGACCCCUUGCCCCCCGCUUACUCUGGACGAGCUAACACUCCUGGGACAGCCGAGGGUAGUCGGGCGUUUGAGAAACAGCGGAUGUCAAGUCCGGUCGAUCGGCAUCAGGAUCUCGAGGAUCAUCAAGGACCGCUGGUGGUAGACUCAGAGGACGAAAACCAGCAGGCCACAGACUCCCGGCUUCACUCGGACCUCAAUCCGGCUCCCUUUGUGGCCCAUGUUGCGACGGAUGAUAAAUUGGUCCUGAGGUCUCUCUUGCGGAUGGGCUCUACUCCGGCCAUGGGCAGUCGGGCACGGGGCGAGAAAGAGGAGCUGCCCGAGCGCGCAACCGAAGGAACGGAGAACGAAGAGAGCUCGACGGAUGUGGAGGAGGAUCUGGCCGAGCGGACCGAGGAUGGGAUGGCGAGGAGCGGCGGAAGUCAAGCGUUGGCGCCCUCGGCGCCGCCCUUAGUCUUCGAAGCAGAAGAACAAGAAGAAGAAUACCAAGGCGACCCCGAUUUCGGAGUCGGCCGGUCAUCGAAGCUCGACCCGAACCGAGCUCUCCAUCUUCCGCCAGCGGCUAUCCACGACAGCGCUGUCGGCCGCAACUCCCAUACUCUCGAUCUCCUCCCCGCUCCCCCUGCCCAAUUCAUCAUCCGCUUCGACCCCGCCUCGUCUUCCUCCACCGCCCUCGACGGGCCCCGCUUCUGUCCCUCCCCUCCCCUGCCGAACCCUCUGGAACAUGAGGAAGCCAAAGUUGUCGCUUCCGCCCCGCCCCUCUCUCCUCGUCCUUCCAUGGAUCACAAUCGAGAUCUAGACGUCGGUCGGGAUGAUCUCCUUCAUCCUCAUCCUUCCUCUUCUUCCUCUUCCUCUUCUUCCUCUUCUUCUUCGUCUUCCACAACUACAACCACUACCCCUUCUACUGCUACAAAUACAUCGACUGCUACUGCUUCUACCACUUCUGAUCCCGAUGACCAUCUUCAUCGGUUUAAUCUGCUCCCGUUGAACCGUGACGAGCUCACGUUGACCGGCUCGAUCGCCCCGCCUUAUGUCGAAUAAAGCUUAUUCCCUUUCCUUCCUUCCUUCAUCUCCCACUCUUUUUUUAUUUUUGUUGGAUCUCUCUUUUUUCUUUUGGACUCUUAUAUCUAUAUUUAUAUUUAUAAUACACUCGUCUCUUGCUUCUCUCUCUCUCUCUCUCUCUCU